AUGAGCCAGCGUAUGCUUUCUUCCGUUCUUCGCGCACGGCCCAGUGUCGUCCUUCGUCGCGCUGCGACCCCCGCCUUCACCACACCACACCGCUUUUCAUCAUCGGACUCGCACAGUCAAGAAACAUUUGAGCAGUUUUCUGAGCGCUAUGUUGCUUUCUUUCAAGGCGCACAGGACCUCUUUGAGGUACAACGUGGCCUCAAUAACUGCUUUGCACACGACCUCGUGCCUUCACCUGGUGUUGUUGAGGCUGCCCUGCACGCAGCACGCCGUGUAAACGACUAUGCCACCGCUGUCCGUGUCUUCGAGGGCAUCAGGGAAAAGGUUGAGAAUAAGCAGCAGUACCAGGCUUACUUGGACGAGUUGAAGCCCGUUAGAGAGGAACUUGGCAUAGACACAAAAGAAGAACUUUACAUCUCAUAA